UUAUACUGCUGACUGUGUUGCCUACUGACUCCUGUGCGCUCCCACUGGCUGCUCACAUCUCCUCUUGUGGGGAAAGGGCGGCCCAGAAAGCAGUAGCCCGUUCCUUCCUUUGUUAUGCUCACUUUAGGAGAAGGGGGGGGGGGGGGCUGUAUUUACUUUCUUUUUAUUCGCUAGAUUAGAAUCCCUUACAUAGACCAUUUUCACACUAGGAACGCUUUCGUUUCCGUCAGCCAAUGUUUACACUCGGCAGAAUUUUCCUGGAGGAAAGGCUCGGAUGUCCCAUAAUGCAACGGGCGAUGACUUAUCGGCGAUGACUGCUGCUCGGGAGUAACUAUUUCAUUGCCAGGAGUGCAGUUUAACCACUCAGGGUCAGAGAAGCAGGCGGAGAGGGGUUGUAUAAGUGUCUGGCACAGAAGCUGCAUGGGCGCAGGGGUGCUGCGCAACUGUUGCGGGUCUGUGCUCAACACUCGUUCUCAGAAGGCCUUAUAUUCAUUUGUCUGAGACUGACUGUCUUCGGAGGAGUCUGCAGUAUGGAAGAUAACAGACCUAUAAUUUCUCAGAACAGUGAUGGCAGUGACUUUCCAUUGCCAAAUCUAGCACCGAGGCAUCAAGAACUCAUUCCUACUCCAUUUGGCCCUAUCAAGCCCUGGGCAGAGUUAACAUGGCCAAUAAAGACUUACUUUAUUCUUGCUAUACUUUCUCUGCUUUGUGUACUGGGCCUCACCAUCUCUAACUUGGUGAAACAAAACAAUGAAGACUUUACGGUGUCUCUUAUACAGCUAAUAGGAAUACUGUUCUGUAUCUAUUAUGUGACACGGGGCAUUCUGCAGGAGAAUCGCCAGGAGCUUAUUGUCUUCAUUCUCUCCAUAUUGCUGGAAAUGAUACGCGCUAUUGUAAACUUCAGCGUACUCCCAAAAGAAGCCAAAGUGGAAAUACAGCCAAGAUUUAUUGUGAUUAUGCUGGUUGGACUGUUUCAUGUCAUGUGCUCCUUGAGCCUGGUGCUGGGACAGAAUAUGAUGGCUUUCCGAGUGGGAGGUGCGCUUGAAAGCUUGCAGCUACAAUAUGUCAUGUUGAGCCUCUGUUUUUCAUUGCUCACGUUUGACCUACAGGCUCAGCUUUGUCUUUCAGUUUUGAUUUCUUUUUCUGGCUUGUUCAAAAUCUCCACCGUUCAUAGCAUCAUCUUGGGAAUUGGUAUAUUCUGGGCCUGCUUGAAGGUUUCUAUUGGCAUCAUUGCUAUUCUGAAAGAACUAAAACCACUGGUCUGGAUCUUUCUGCUGCAAAACAUCCCUGAAAUAGCCUAUCUUGUGUAUCUCAUUUACACGGUGGUAACAGAGUGGGCACAGCCUUUCACCCUGGAAGCUGCGGCUGUGACUGGCUCAUGUAUUUCUGUGCUGAUUAAAUCCAUCCUGUUUUGGUCCUUGUUCCGUGUGUAUCGCAGUUUUGGCCAAGGGCUGAGAGAGAGAAUGUUUUCAUCGUAUGGAAGAAUCGACUCAUGAGAAGUAUUGCCCUGAGAUCCCUCAAGAUUGUCUUGAGAUUUGAAUAGCUGCCUAGUGGGAGAAAGGAUGAUUAUUUCUCGGCUACUUGUAACACUGCCAGCGUUUGAAUGGACACGACUUUGUUGCUGAGCAGCGCCCUACAUGAUCUUACUAGGAAUAAAGGGAAUAUUCAUGCCUCUAGUCACCAUGAUCCCUGCCAUGGCUAAAUCUUGUAGCACAGACCCAAAGUUUUCUAGCUUUCUUCAAGACAUUCCCUUCACCCCAGGUGGAAUAAUGUAGUACAAGGUCGGCCAAAUCAUGGCUACAUGAGUAUCCAGCCAAGAACUUGGUUUUGUAGCCACAGCAAGCUCACAUUCAUUGAAAGAUUCUCAGAAAGUUUGACACCAGGAAUAGACUUCAUUAUUAAACAAUAUAUAUAUAUAUAUAUAUAUAUAUAUAUAUAU